CAUUUAGGAUCUGGGUUGUCUGAAGCAUCCAAUUAUAUAAUCCCUACAUCCUUGCUAUCAUUCAAGCCUGUACAAAACUUAAAAGAAAGGGAUUUAGGCUUACUCCAGCGUACUGGCCUGAUAUAUUUCCUUUACCUAUUUAUAUAUUCGGGGCUGGAAUAUUCUCUUACUUUUAUGACUCAUCUGAGGUUUAACUAUACAAGAAUGCAGCAGGGACGCAUGUAUCUUUUCAGUGGCACAGUCAUGGCUCUCGUACAAGGUGGUUAUGUACGGAGAAUACCCCCAGGACAAGAACCUAGUAAAGCUGUAAUGGGUUUGCUUUUGAUUAUUCCUUCCUUCAUUAUUAUGGGGCUUGCACUGUCACCGGCUGUUCUGUAUGUUGGUCUCGUUCUCUUUUCAUUUGCUUCAGCCACAGUAGUUCCAUGUCUUACAACCAUUGUGUCUUCUUAUGGCUCUACUGAACAAAAGGGAACCGUCCUGGGAAUAUUCAGAUCAUUAGGAGCAUUAGCAAGAGCUCUGGGUCCACUCGUAACAUCCAUAGCUUACUGGAGUCUUGGAUCCACAAUUUGCUAUUGUCUUGGAAGUGUAUUAUUAAUUAUCCCAUACAUUUUGUUGAAAAAAACAGAGUUUAAUUUGUCCUCUUUCAAAACUAAGUCUCUGAAAGAAUGAAGACGGACAUCCAGCAGAGUAACAGAAAGAUUUUUUUUUAAAAUGUUUCUCUCUUAUUUGGGGGCAAACUUCAUAAUGAGUGUUUACUAUUUGCUUUUCUCUGUAAGUUGAUUCUUUAAGCAUAAUUUAUUUUAUUCACUAAGUUAAAAAAAAUUAUAAUUUAUAAAAAAUAUAAUUUUUAGGAAAUUUCAGUUGUUCUAAUUUGAAAUUAUCUUUAGGAUACAUUAGCUGCUUCUAAAUUUGAAAAAUACAUUUUUUUUAAAGAGCUUUUAAAUCCACUUUAUUCUCAAAUAUUUAUAUUAUGCAUAUACAGUUGUGGUUAAAAACAAAAGAUAAAAGUUUGGUUCAGAAAUUUUCAGUAUUUUUUUUAUCAUAACUGGAAUUUGUAUAUCUGUGAAAUGCAUUAGUCUGACCUACUUUGUUACUUCUGCAGCCUUAACCAAAACAUAACUGUUAAUGACAUUAUCGUUUAUUAUUAAAAGCCGUGCAUCAUGGAGUUCUUGCAAACAAAAAAUGUAUAUUGUUAGAGGUAAACAUAACAUAUAGUAGAUUAGUCUGAAUAGAAAAGUUUAUUGUGUUUCUUUCUUAGGAGCAGUGAUGCAGUAUUUCUGCAUUUAAUGUUUUUUAAAGAGUUUUCAUAAGUGCUUCUACACACUACAUUAUAAAGAAGGAUACUCGGUGUGCAAUAUGAAGUAAGUUACACAUAAGCGUAAUGAAUAAUAAAAAGCUGCGUUACAUGACACUCAAGGAUUUUUAGUAUGCAAUAUAAAAUGUGUCACAUAUAAACAUAACAUUUUAUAAAAAGCAUUAUCAGAAGUGAUUUUCUGCAUUAUGUGACAAACAAGGAUAUUUAGUAUGCAAUACAAAACACAUUAAACAUGAUGAUUGAAUUUAUGGCUACCAGUAAAAACCAAGAUAUAUUGGUCACCGUAAAACCGAUGAGUUAUUUACUUUUAUAAACAACAUGAUUUUCAGAAGUAGCAAUGACUAGUCAGGUUAUGUAUUAUGUUUCCUUGAACACUGACUUACUGAAGUAGCAGACCAAACAGACUUUCUUCUGUGAUUUUAUGGACAAUAUGACUUAUCGUACUAAAUCUGUGUGGUAUUAGAACAGUGAAAGCAGCUCACAUUGGUAGGGUAAUUAUGUUUACAAUGCAACAAAAUGAAUUCUAUAAAGAAAACAAAAUUAAUUGAAUAGUUUUGGAUGGUCAGAUAAAUAUUUACAACAUGGAUUUAAUGUGUCUUCCAGUAAUUUAAUCUAUUAUAAAGAGAUUUAAAAAUUCAAAGCUUUUACAAAUGUGUACCUCAACAUGUUUUGGCUAUUUGUAUCAGUCUCAUUCUUUUCAACCAGUCAUGCUUGAGAACAGCCUUUGGUGAUUGAUUAGAUAUAAAAGUGGUAAGUGAUUUUUUUUUCUUACAAGAAAAUAUUCAAGUAUUUUGGGACUGGUAAACAUAGGGCUGUCCUUUAACAGUUAUUUUGUUGUAUGUUUCAUUUGAGAGCAACAUAGUACUUGAGAGAUCUAAAAACAUUGCACUAUCACUAUUUAAACACUGUUAGUAAAUCAGUUCUUGAAUUAGUGGUUGUCCAGCUGCACAGAGCAAGUGAAAGUUUGAUUUCCAGAUCCUCAGUUGCUGUACUUAAAGUUUGGAAAAAACAAAACAGUACUUCUUACCUUAGUUCUUGUCUAUUCAGUGUUAGCAACCAAUUUUUAUAAUUUUGCAUGAAUCUCUGCAUCAUGGAAAACAUUUCCUGACAUAGCAGAUGUGAUAUAUUUCACACUAAUCCUGCAUUACUUGUGUAAUGGUACCUUGAGUUUCUGCAUCACAAACAACCUUUCCUGACAUAACAGAUAUAGUAUAGAUUUGUGGUCUACUUCACCAUAGUCCUGCAUUAAAUACGUAAUGGAAUCGGAAGUUUCUACAACAAAACAAAUACUUUUCAUAACAUAGCAGAUGUAACCCAGGUUUGUGGAUAAUUUUGUUUAGUUUAAUUGACUGAAUGUUUGAGUAUUUGAGGUGUUCAUUAACAUAAUUCUUUUACGUAACAAUUUUCCCAAGUUUGCUCCGAAUAAAUUCUACAUUACACUUUGAUUAUCUCGGUAUUGAUAUAAUCGACUCCUUCGUUUUACUAACUAAUUUCAAGUUUUGUGAUGGAAGCAGUACAUGGGUGAUGAGAAUUUAAAGAAGUUCUAGUGAAUAAAUAAUUUUCAUUAGACAUAUAACUUCUAGAAACUCGGAAUGUAUGCUCACAAACAUCUUAGAAAGAAAAUUUUAACCAUGGGAGGUGUGUUGUAUUGAUGGUGUUUAGGGCUCUGUGUACCUUGUGAUACUGUCUUGGUGAUACACAGAGCCUUUUUAUGUUAUACUGUCAUGGUGGUGCUUAGAGAUGUAUGUACCUUGUGAUACUGUCUCAGUGGAGCUUAAGGCUCUAUGUAUCUUGUGAUACUGUUUCAGUGGGGCUUAGGGCUAUAUGUACUUUGUGAUACUAUCACAGUGGUGCUUAGAAUUCUAUUUACCUUUUUAUGCUGUUUCUGAUGCUUGAGACUGUAUAUACCCUGUGGUACUGUCAUGGUUGUGUAGUAGGGCUUGAUGUGUCCUGUGAUACUGUUAUGGUUGUGUAGAAGGGGUUUAUAUGCUCUGCAAUAUUGUCUCGGUGGUAUACAUCUGUUUAUGUACAUUGUGAAAUUGUUAUGAUGCUGCUUAGGACUCUCUGUACCUUGUUAUACUGUGAUGGUGGUGUAGAAGGGCUCCAUGUACCUUAUACUGUGAUGGUGAUAUAGAAUGGCUCACGCUAACCUGUAAGACUGUCUUCUCAGGGGUACACAGGGUUGUCUUUGUAUACCCUCUAAUAAUAUGUUGAUGUGUAGGGAUUCUGUAUACUCUGUAAUACUAUCAUGGUGGUAUUUAGGGACUCUCUUAUGUCAUAUAAUGUUGGCUUUGUGUUGUAUAAAGACUUUUAGUUUGCUAAUUGAUAACUAAAUUCAGUUGUUUAGAUAAACAGACCACAAUUGUCAGAAGUACUUUAAAUUGUUUGCACAGUUGCUUUUUUUGAAAACAUUUAUGUGGUCCAGUUGUACUUUAUGAAUCAAUAUAUUUUACAACUGUACUGUUAGCAGGUGUAUUUUUCCAAAGUUAUCUAUUGAAGUACCAAAAAAUUGCUUCAGUGUGCUGAAUAUUUGUAUAUAUUAUGAAAAAUUGCCAUGUUGACUUGAGUUUUUCAUUCUUAUUCUUUGUUGUCAGCCUAACUACAGAGUAACUAUUCUGUAAAUCACUGAAAGGAACGUAAUUUUAUCUGUAUUUAAAAAAAUGAUAAAUUGUACUGUUAUCUUGGAGAGAGUGACAAUUAGUUCACAUUUGUUGUAGGCUGAAGACUUGUUAAUUUUUUUUACUGUUAGUAUUCUUUUAAUCUGAAAGGCAGAAGAAAAUUUUGAAUUAAUGUAAAUUUAGAGCUGCACUUCAUUAUUGUUUCAAAGGGCUUCCAUUAAUAAUACUUAUUUUCCUUGUCUGAAUAUAAAUAUUUACUAUUGUGUAAUGGACCAUCAUGACUAGGUAAUAAAAUUGGAUUGGAAACUAAAUCACUGGUGAUUUUCUGACCCAGAAUUGUAUAAAAACUUGUAAGUAAAAAAAAAACAAAGUGCUGUGUGCUUUUUUUGAAAUUUUUAAAUGUGUUUAAUUCAUUAAUUAUGUUAUACAACUGGUUAUAUUAAUAAAAGCUUAAUGUCAUUGUAUAUUAUCCUCUAGAUGAAGAUAUUUACAAAUCAAAUGUGUUGUGGGUAGGAAAUUGUGUUCUAAUCUUUGCUCCAUUUAUAGAAUUUUUAUGUCACAUUAUCAUAUCAAGUUAAAAAUGUUUGUGUAAAAAAAAGCAACUAAACUGUGAUAAGAGAUCUCCUUGUACCAGUCACAGGAAUUGUUUGACAAUUAAUUUGUAUCUAGUUUAGGUUCCAGACAUUACUUAGGGUGAGUAAUGAAGAUACUAGGUGAUAUACUAGAGUUCUUUUGCCAACUUUAUUUAAUGUGGAGAUGCAGUGCUCUCUGAAGUCUUAAAUAUUUAACAUGGAAAUAUGUUUCUCUGAAGUCUUAAGUAGUAGUAUGUAGAUAUAUUUCUUUUAACUCUAAGUAUCAAGCCUUUUUUUUCUUGUGAGUAUACAAAUUAUUUAUAGAUAAUGGUUUGAGAUGCAGUGGUGUUGUUAGCUGGUUGUUCAGCUUUGGUUUUAAUUUCAAGUUGAGAGUGCUUCCUUUUUCCGUAAUGUCCGUUCAUCUGUCGCCGAGUAUUAUUUUAAGUGUUUGAUGUUUGGCUUCUCGCUACAGUUAUGGAUAACAAUUCAUAUUAAUAUAAUUUAAAUAUGUGAGCUGUUAGCUAUAUUCCUAUACAUGUUCCAGUUGCCAAUCUACUGGCUUACUGAGUGUUAUUUUGGUUCAUAUAACUGUAUUAUGUGAGUAAUUAUAUAAGAGGUGAUGAUGUACUGCCAUCAUUGUGACUUUUAUUGAGACAAUUUCAACACUGAGGCUUGCAAUAUAAUGAUGGGAGAUACAAAUAGUUACACCAGUUAGUAUGAUGUGAUUAUAAUUAAUACAAAGUAGUUAUAGGACAAAAGUAAAGUUGUUUGGCAUCUGGUUAUCAUUCCGAGUGAUAUUAAGUAUGAAUCAAGCUAUAUUUAAGUCUAGCUUACAAGUGGUUGAAUUAUUUAUGAAGUUUCAAAUCGCAAGAAAGACUAUAAUGUUUCAUUACAUUCUUGUGUAGAUAACUGUCUUAUUUUAUAAAAACAUUGGCAAGAACUUCAUACAUUUUUUGUUGCACAUUUGAUUUCUUUGUAAUUAGAAAAAAUGUGAGAUAUUGGUUGUGGUGUUUAAUGUUGUUAUUCUACAACUAAUUAAUUUUGAAGCAACAAGUGCAUUUUGUGGCCCGAAAGCCUCAUAUUUAUUAUUAAAAACAUAUUGGUGUUUUGUACAAUCUGUUUUCAAAAACACCUCCAUUUUUUUGAAAUACGCAGUUGCUUUUCUGUUCAUGCUGAUAUUUUUUCGUUAUAUCGUUGGUUGUAAUAUGGCUUUUCACUCUCCUUACAUUAAAUAUUUUUCUUUAUACAAACUGUCAAUAUAUAUAAAUUGACAUUAUCAACUAUACUAAAUAAUGAUGGCAAAUUUCGAAAAUGCUAGAUCACUAUUAUUGCAAUAUCAAUAAAACAGCUAUGACUUAAAGUCAAGUAUUCAUGUUAAAUUUUUGUGUUUCUUUCAAGUAAUUAAAUUGUUCCACCUGUUUAUAAUUAGCAGAUUUAAAACUUGAAAGAUAUUUCACAUAGAAUAUAAUUUUAUUGGAGAACUUUACUAAUUGAACAAUGUAUUAGUGCACUUGUUAUUUCAAAAUUUGUAGUUAAUUUAACUAAUGUUAACUUUUGACGUCAAAACAGACUUACCUAUUUCUUGUCUUGGUUCAUGUACAUAAUCUUGUGUUUAACACGUGUACCACAGAAAUGUAGGUGAAGGUGCAUUGUUUUUAUUUUAUAUAUUAUGACAAUCUGAUAGUCUUUUGUGUAAUCUCUGUGUUUAAUAGAACAUGAGAUGGUUAAACAUUACUUUUUGCUAAUUUUUCGUGAUUAUUUGAAAUAAAUAAAAUAUUUCUCUGA